AUGGCUGGAGCUUUGAUCGGAGAGGCCUUCAUUUCUGCUUCCAUCCAGGUGAUUUGUGGCAGAAUUGCUUCACCUGAGUUCAUCGACUUAUUUCGGCACAAGAAACUCGAUCAACCUCUCCUCAUGAAACUGAAGAGGACCCUGUUGACCUUGAACGCAGUGCUGGAUGAUGCAGAGGAGAAGCAAAUUGAGAAACCAGCUGUGAGAGAGUGGCUUGACGACCUCAAACAUGCAGUCUUUGAUGCUGAGGACUUGCUGGAUGAGAUCAACUAUGAAGCUUUGCGAUGUAAGCUGGAAGGUGAAGCUCAAACAGCUGACAAAUUAACCAACAAGGUGUGGAACUUCCUCCCUACCUCUCGUAAUAAGUUUUAUCAAAGCAUGAAUGUUAAGAUUCAAGAGUUGUUACGAAAACUAGAAGACUUUGUACAACUGAAAGGUGCUCUUUGUCUGAGAGAAGAUGUUGUGAGGAAGUUUUCACAAAGAACUCCGACAACUUCCUUGGUUCAUGAACCUUGUGUAUAUGGUAGAGAUGAAGUCAAAGAAAAUUUAUCAAAAGUGUUGUUCUCUGAUGAUGCAAGCAAGGAUGAUGUGUCCGUCAUCACCAUUGUUGGAAUGGGUGGGGUUGGCAAGACAACCCUUGCUCGAAUGCUUUACAAUGAUGAUAAGGUGAAAGAAAAUUUUACACUUAAAGCUUGGGCUUGUGUUUCAGAAGACUAUGAUGCUAUCAGGGUAACUAAAAAUCUUCUUGAGUCAGUCACUUCAAAACCUUGUAAUACGGCAGAUCUCAAUUUGCUUCAAGUUGAGCUAAGAGAACAACUUAGGGGGAAUAAAUUUUUGUUUGUAUUGGAUGACCUUUGGAAUGUGAAAUAUACUGAUUGGAAUUGCCUCCAAACUCCUUUUACUUCAGGGGCAAGGGGAAGUAAAGUCAUCAUAACGACACGGAACAAAAAUGUAGCAUCUUUCAUGCAAAAUGUUCCUACUCAACCCUUGGAACCAUUGUCGCAUGAAGAUUGUUGGUCAUUACUUGCAAGACAUGCGUUUGGAAAUGUAAGCUGUAGUGCAUAUCCAAGCUUGGAAGAAAUCGGCAAGAAAAUUGCACGCAAGUGCAAUGGGUUGCCUUUAGCUGCACAAACACUUGGCGGUAUGUUACGUUCCAAGCUAGACUCUGAGGUAUGGAACAGAGUACUAAACAGCAGCAUUUGGGAGUUACCUUAUGAGAAAAGUGACAUUCUUCCCGCUCUAGGAUUGAGUUACCAUUAUCUUCCAGCUAAGUUAAAACGAUGCUUUAUUUAUUGCUCAAUUUUGCCAAAGGACUAUGAAUUCAAGGUAGAAGAUGUUGUUUUUCUUUGGAUGGCAGAAGGUUUAAUUUCCCAAGCGGAGAAUGGGGACAACAUGGAAGAAGUGGCUAAGGAAUAUUUUAAUGAAUUGUUAUCCCGAUCAUUGUUUCAAACGUCGGGGAAAUCAAGUUUCAUUAUGCAUGAUCUCAUAAAUGACUUGGCUGUGUUCAUGUCUAAAGGAUUUUGUUCUAGGUGGGAAGGAAGGGAAUCUCAUGAAGUAGAAAGAGUUCGCUAUUUGUCAUAUGCUAGGGGACGUUUUGAUGUUGCUCCGAAAUUUGAGCCAUUAAAGGGGGCUAAAUGUUUGCGGACCUUCUUGCCUACCUCUUUAAAUACUUAUCAAGUGUAUCUAAGUAAAAAGUUUGUACAAGAUUUGUUGCCCCAUCUAAGAUGUUUACGGGUGUUAUCAUUGUCACAUUACAGGAAUGUCAUUGAGUUACCUAAUUCUAUUAAAAAUCUUAUUCACUUGCGCUAUUUGGAUCUCUCUGGUACUGCAAUUGAAAGCUUACCUGGUGUACUUUGCAGUUUGUACAAUUUGCAGACAUUACUAUUGUCAAAUUGUUCAUCUCUCGCUGAAUUACCUGCAGACUUGAGAAAAUUGAUAAAUUUACAGAAAUUAAUGCUGGGAGGUUGUGCGUCUCUUGCUAAAUUGCCUGUAGACCUGUGGGAAUUAAAUAGUUUGCAUCAUCUUGAUGUGAGUGGAACUAAAAUUGCAGAGAUGCCAAUGCAAAUGGGUAGACUAAAAAGUUUGAGAACGUUGACUGCUUUUGUUGUGGGGAAAUCUACUGGGUCGACCAUUGGGGAAUUGGGGCAGCUUCCACAUCUUCGAGGAAAACUUUCAAUUCUAAAACUGCAAAAUGUAGUUGAUGCUAAGGAUGCAGUGCAGGCCAAUUUGAAGAAUAAGAAGGAUCUAAAGGAGUUAAAGUUCGAAUGGGGCGAUGAAGACUCAGAUGAUUCCGAAAAAGUGAGAGAUGUACUUGACAAGCUCCAGCCUUCAAUUAGUUUGGAGAAACUGACCAUCCAAUUCUACAGUGGAACCAACUUCCCGAAUUGGUUAGGAGACUCAUGCUUCUCUAACAUACAAGUCAUGCGCCUUAUCGAUUGUAAAUAUUGUUGGUCGCUGCCACCAGUUGGGGGGCUACCUGCUCUCAAAGAGCUCUAUAUAGAAAGGAUGAACUUUGUUAAGACAAUUGGUGUUGAGUUCUACGGCAGAAAUGGAGCGUCUCUAAUUCAGCCAUUUCAAUCACUGGAGAAGCUAGAGUUUAAGGAGAUGGCAGAGUGGGAGGAAUGGGUACCAAGUGGAAAUGGAGGUCCAGACUUUCCUCGUCUCCAGGAGCUGAUUAUAGAAAAGUGUCUGAAGCUGAGAGGAAGCUUACCUUGUGAUCUGCCUUGCUUGAAGAAGCUUAGCGUGGACAGGUGUAGGGUUUUGCAUGAUCAAAGGAGCACUCCUACUACUAGUAGUAGUACUAGUCUCAACUACAAUUCUCUUGAAGAAUUGAAAAUAAAAGAUGGAUGCCAAACAGGUCUGUUAUCAUUACUAGAGACAAAGCUCCUGUCCAAACUUUACAUUCAAAAUUUUGAUGACAUACAGUGCUUGCCCAACAUCAAUCGUCUUCAAAGAUUGACUCUCUGGAAUUGUCCAACGCUGUCGUCGUUCCCUGAAGAUGGCCUACCCACUUCGGUGACAUCACUUUUAAUAGUUGAUUGUAGGAUAUUGGAAUUCCUACCUCUAGAGAUGUUGGCCAAAUUAACAUCACUUGACUAUUUGUUGAUACAUAAUAGCUGUGAUUCAAUGAGGUCGUUCCCCUUGGGCAUUUUUCCCAAAUUGACGACACUUGAAAUUGGUUAUUGUGACAAUCUGGAAUCGCUUUGCUUGAUUAAAGAAGGAGCGGUUCUCAGUCAUCUAAAUAAACUGAAUUUCUAUGUUUGUCCAAAUCUGGUGUGUUUUCCCCAGGGAGGAUUGCCCACUCCCAACCUGACUUCGCUGCAAGUUGAUGAGUGUGAGAAGUUGAAGUCAUUACCUGAACGCAUUCACACUCUCACAGCCCUUGAAAGUUUGUGGAUAAGGAAUCUUCCAAAUCUGGAGUCAAUUGCAGAAGAUGGGGGUUUGCCUCCCAACCUCCGAGAUUUUAGCAUUGAGAAUUGUGAGAGACUGAGGGCUGCAUCUUCAUCAGUGGGAGACUACUGUAACUGGGGUUUGCAAGCACUUGUCUCCCUUGAACGUUUUGCAAUUCGUGGCAUGGGAAGUGAUGAAAUCUUGGAGACGUUGCUCAAGCAACAGCUGCUCCCUACCACUCUUCGCACUCUCUGGAUCGAGGAACUUUCAACUCUGAAAUCUUUGGAUGGAAAGGGACUUGCACACCUUACUUUUCUUCGAAGGCUAUAUAUUUAUGACUGUCCGAGUCUCCAAUUCCUGCCAGAAGAGGGUCUGCCACCAUCUUUUUCUUAUCUGAGCAUCUCCAAUUGUUCUGCCCUGGAGAAAAGGUAUCAGAAUAAGACGGGACAAGAUCAUUGGGCCAGCAUAUCUCACAUUCCAUGCAUCCAGAUAAACGAUGAAGUCAUCAUAUUAUGA